AGCAGUCUUAUUUUAGAACGAUGAAAAAUUGAAAAGAAAACAAAAAUUGGUGGAAGAAAAAUGAGAAGAGAAAGUGUUUUGGUAAUUUGAUAGUAUAUUUGAUAAGAAGAGAAGAAAAUUAUAAAAAUAUGUGAGUGUAUAAAGAAUUUUGGUCUUUGGAUUUAGAAGAAGCAACAGAAAAAAAAAAAAAAAUCUCAAACCUCAAACCAACUUACAAUUGGGUCAACCGGUUUGGUUACUGUUUAACUCUGUCUUCUACCGGGACGAGAAAGAAGAGGAAAAUUUCUUAAUAUUACGAUUUUUUAUUCUUUAUGUUUUUAUUUAUUUCUUUUUAUUAUCGCUGUAUUUCUAUUUUCUCCGAAGUUUGUUUCUGGGUCGUUUACUUUAAUCCAUGGAGACCCAGUUGAAGAAUUGGAAUGUGCUCGACUUGUAGCUGUUUUAUUAUUAGCUCCGGAUAACAAAAGCCAUAAAUAUGGCUGAUUCAGCAAAGGAGGAAUUCAUAACGCUGGUCAAUGAUAAUUAUGAGGUGAAUUGUUGGGGUUGCGGAUUGCGCCUUCUUCUUUCAACCCAGGCAUCUAUUUUCAAGUGUGGAUGGUGUGGAGCUGUGACAAAUCAGAAUUCAUGGAAACGAGAAUCCAAGUAUUUUUGGUUGAGACGCUUGCGGGAUCGGUUCUUUGUUUGUGUCCUCCUCUUGUUUAUGCUCUUUGUGAUAUGUGGUGGGGUGUGGGCGGUGUACCCAGUUGUUUUCUCUAUCAGCUAUUCGAGUGGGAUUUUUCACUCCAUCGUAACAUUUUUAUUGUCUGUAACUACUAUUUACACAUUUAGUUCUGCAGCAUUCCGGUGUGCUGGAACACCUUCAACCAUAUUAUGGGGUAGUUACCCAUCUGUGGGGAAAGGUCGUCUUGAGAAUUAUACCUUCUGUCACUACUGUUCAAAGCCGAAGUCACCUAGAACUCAUCAUUGCCGUUCCUGUGGAAAGUGCAUAUUGGACAUGGAUCAUCACUGCCCAUUUAUUGGGAAUUGUGUUGGUGCAGCAAAUCACAGGCAUUUCAUUGCUUUCCUUAUUUCAGCUGUGAUCAGUACAAUCUAUGUCACUUUUAUGUCUACAUAUGCUGGUCUGCAUAUCUGGCCACCAUUAUCAUACACAUCCACAGUUCAUUUCAAUCGUCCUAGUAGGGAUUUGGCUUUUAUAGCUCUCCGUGAGGUUGCAUUUGCUUUGUUAAGAUCUGCUGUGCUUUUAUCUACCAGAGGACUUGUGCUUGUAUAUCUUUUUGUUUCAAGUGUUUCGGUUGAGAUAGGUUUGAGCAUACUUCUGUGGCAGCAGCUCUAUUAUAUCUACGAGGGGAAAACCUACUUGAGUAAUCUAAAUUCGCACGGGAGCAACAAUGUUGAAGAGAAAGAUUGCCAAAAUUUAUUGCGUUUCUUUGGAUGCUCUUAUUCUUUCUCGAGAUAUUUGCCUACUUUUCAGAAGAAGAGACACUAGAAGUGAAGGAUUCUAAUUAUACGGUCGAUCAUGUCCAUUUUAUUACCAUUCUCUGUGGUAUUCUCCUACUUCCAACGACAUUGAGUUAAUAGUCUAUUGUUAUGGUUGUUGAAUAUUUUUGGGUGUAACAUACCAUGUGUUUUGAUUGAA